UAUAUAGAAAAAAAAAAUUUUCAAGAUGGCGCAGGACUCGACAGAAAUCAGGAAAAAAUUGUUUCGAUCACCUAUGGUAGAAGGUGACAGAUUAGCUGACAACAGUACAUCUAUGAAUCUAAUGACAAGGUUACACAUUGAGCACAAUAUGGAACAUGUGUACAAAACAGCAAACAGGGAUAUACAUGAACAAAGGCUGAAGCAGUUAAGACAGAAACUGAAGACAUUAGAGGAAGAUGACUGGCGAUAUCCUCCAGUGGAGAAAUUGAUUGGUCUACAAUGACAGGUUCUUGUACGAUUACAGAGUGAUGGAGAAUACUCAGACUGUCCAGAAAUAAAGGAACUGUGGAGCUAGUGGCAAGCCCAUUGACCCAUGGAACUCUCAAGGGGCAUUGCAUAGUGGCAAUGAUGACCUUGGAUUUUGAUGCAAUGAAUCAUGACCUUUUAUUUAUUUGUCUGAAUGAUGUCAUUUUCUACUUGUGAAAGGUGCAUUAGACUUUCAUUUGCAUCCUGAUUGAUUAAGUCCUUGUGGUUUAUGCAAAUUAAAUGAGUUAUCUGGGGUAUAAGAGUUGUCUUUCUUUUCACAAAGCUAUAGUUUUGUAAUAACAUGCUCCUUCGAUUACAUUCCAUGGUUUGUGUUGUGCGCUCUCACCUCUGCAACAUGCAUUAGAUCCUCGUUAUCAGCAGGGCAGUGGUCAUAUGUUAGAGAGUAUGGUGGUUACCCACCUGUACGUGAGAGACUCCGGUUUCCUCCCAAACCAAUGGCCGCCACCCACCCCUAUGCAUGUACAUGUAUAUUCAUAUCCAAUGUAUAUCAUUGCAAAUCACAAUAUAUGUAUUCACAUUUUCCAAUGUUUUGUUAGUAUAUGUAAUAAAUAUGUACUGUUUAUCGAUGAAACCUCAAACAUUUCAUAUUGAUAAACAAAAAAACACUACAUCAAAGUACAAAA